CUGACAGCUUUUGACAGCGAUUUAUUUCAAUUUUUCGUAUUGAAUAAUUAUCGUUUUGUUUACAGAUAUAUUACAAAGCCUUUUAAAGUGAAAUCUAAUAAAGAACUCGUAAUACAAAAUGCCACGAUUCCAUACGGUAGAAAUCAAUAAAACAGAAUGGAUUGUGCCCGAGCGAUAUCAGAUGCUUACACCUGUAGGGUCUGGAGCUUAUGGUCAAGUAUGUUCUGCUAUAGAUACGCUACAUAAUAUGAAAGUGGCCAUAAAAAAGUUGGCAAGACCAUUUCAGUCUGCAGUGCAUGCCAAAAGAUCAUAUAGGGAACUUCGAUUGUUGAAGCAUAUGAAUCAUGAAAAUGUUAUAGGUUUGCUGGAUGUGUUUAGUCCUGAAAAGAAUCUAGAAGAAUUUCAACAGGUUUAUCUUGUUACACAUUUAAUGGGCGCAGAUUUGAAUAAUAUUGUUCGCACACAAAAGCUGUCUGAUGAUCAUGUACAAUUUCUUGUAUAUCAAAUCCUACGCGGCUUGAAAUAUAUACACUCUGCAGGAAUUAUACACAGAGAUUUAAAACCUUCUAAUAUAGCUGUAAAUGAAGACUGUGAGUUGAAGAUCUUAGAUUUUGGUUUAGCGAGGCCAACUGAAACAGAAAUGACUGGUUAUGUGGCUACAAGAUGGUACAGGGCUCCAGAAAUAAUGCUCAAUUGGAUGCAUUACAACCAGACAGUUGAUAUCUGGUCAGUGGGAUGCAUUAUGGCUGAACUCUUGACAGGCAGGACUUUGUUUCCUGGAUCAGACCAUAUUGACCAUCUCACAAGGAUAUUAUUUCUAUGCGGCAAACCUGACAAGGAUACUAUUGACAAAAUUAUAAGUGAAGAGGCCAGAAACUACAUCCAGUCUUUGCCGACAUUGAAGCGACGCGACUUCCGCGAUGUAUUCCGCGGCGCUAACCCGCUCGCUAUCAAUUUGCUGGAGCUGAUGCUUGAACUUGACGCUGAUAAACGUAUAACGGCGGAGCAGGCACUUGCGCAUGAGUACCUCGCACAGUACGCGGAUCCCACUGACGAGCCCGUCUCCGCGCCCUACGACCAGAGCUUCGAGGACAUGGAGCUGCCCGUUGACAAGUGGAAAGAACUGGUGUGGAAGGAAGUGGUGGAGUUCAAACCUCAUCCUCAGCACAUGAACACUGUUGUCGAAGUCAACCCUUCAUAACUUAAUCUUUGUUUUUUGCCGCUAAAAGGUUAAGUAUUUUUUUUUUCAAUAGAUUUUAUCAAAUAUCAAAUGUUUUGUCCUCUUAGCAUCUUAUAUUGACAAAGAAAAUAAUAAUAAUAAUCACGUAGAUUACUUUAGUGAACGAAUUUGUUUUAAGUCAAUUUAAAAAGGUUGUAACAGUAUUUUUUAUCUGUGGGUUUAACUGCCAGCAUUUCUACAAAAAUAUAUUAUCUGUUUUUUCAAAUAGACUGAAAGAGAUAGCAAUAUAGUUAUCUCAUUAGUGGAAAACCCACGGUAAUGUUGCAUAUGAUUUUUCACAUAUAAUAAGAUAAUAAUUAGAUUGCCUUAUAUAUUAUAGGAUUUCUAGUAAAUUAUGAAUAUUUUCUUAAACUUUGUAUGAAGACCGCAAUACUUUAUAUCAAUUUUAU